AUGCCUAGGGGCAACAAGAGCAAGAGCCGCUCUAGGGCCAAAAGGCAGCAGGCCCGUGGAGAGAGCCAGAGUCUCCAGGGUGCUCUGCCGACUGCAAAGGAGGAAGCAGCAGCAACCCCUCUUGGCCAGGGAGAUGCCCCCAGCUCCCCUGAUGUCAGCACUCCUCAGGGGUCCCAGAAAGCUGCAUCCCAUGGCUCUCCUGAGUUAGAUAUGCCAUGCUCAGGCUAUGAAGUUGGUGCUGAGAGUUCUGAUGCUGGUGUUGAUGAGAAGCGUGCAAAUGCCUGCACUAUAGCCGAAGCCAUCGAUUCUGCACGCAGAGAUCCUAUGACCAGGAAGGCCAGCAAGGUACUUCACUAUCUGCUGGAGAAGUACCAGAAGGAUGAGCAGCCUUUGGAGGCAGACAUGCUGAAGCUGAUCAGCAGGAAGUACAAGGUGCACUUCCCCUGGAUCCUGGAGAAAGCCACCUAUCAGCUGGAGGUGGUCUAUGGUCUGGAGUUGAAGGCUGACAAGCAAAACCCUCAGUCCUAUGUUCUUGUUAGCAAGUUACCCAUCCUGCCUGGGGCAAAUGAGGGUGGCAGGAAAGAGUUGCCAAAGACGGGUCUCAUACUGACCCUCCUGGGUAUGAUCAUGAUGAAGGGCGACCGUGCCAGUGAGGAAGAGGUCUGGCAGUUCCUCCAUAUGCAGGGGAUAUAUCCUGGGAGGAGGCACUUAAUUUUUGGGGAGCCCCGGAAGUUCAUCACCAAAGAGCUAGUUGAGCAAAAUUAUGUGGAGUACCGCCAGGUGCCUGGUAGCAAUCCCCCAAGCUAUGAGUUCCUGUGGGGUUCCAGAGCCCGCAAUGAAGACACCAAGAUGAAAGUCCUGGAUGUUUUAACUAAGAUCAGAAAUGCCAUGCCCAGUUACUACCCUCAACAGUAUGAGGAGGCUCUCAGUAACCAGGCUGAGAGAGCAGCCAGGAGAGGUGAGGCUUCUGGUUACCAUGCUGCCAGGGUUCCCUCCCAUUUCCAUAGUACCAGCUCCUCCCACACUUAG